UGGCAUGAAAUGUUUUCUAAACUAGGACUGUUUGUAUUAACUCUAAAACUAUUCAACACAGUCGCAGCUUCUGGAAGAAUUAAGGAAGUAAAUAGUCCGAAGGGGAAAAGCCGCGCAGAUGCAUCGGAGAGACGGCAAUUUAUAUUGCACAUGCCGUCACCUUGGCAUUAUCGCGCAAUGGUAGAGGCUGGGACCGACGAAUGCAAUGUGAACAAAGAUUGUCCAGCCGGGAAGUUUUGUGACGUUCAUACAUGCAGGGCAUGUCUGCACGAAAGAGCAGCCUGUCAUUUCAUUGGAACCUGCUGUGAGGGAUACGCUUGUCAAUAUGGCCAAUGCACCAAGGGCGUACAGCAAGGGGAGCCUGGUACGUAUUGCGACAGGACUUCGGAUUGUCUCGGCAAAGAAUCGUGCUGUAUUCGGGAGAUUUCCGUCAAUCCACACACGUCCAUGUGCAAGCCAAUGCUAGAUGAGUUUGAGUCGUGUGGCCCAAUCAAUUUGUUCCACCAUGUAUACACAGGUGGUAUGGUGGAACCAGAUUGCGGACCUUGUAAAGUUGGACUCCAAUGUAAGAAUGUUGGAACUAAUGGCCUUCACUUUAUUUGCCUCAAAGAGGGCGAGGAAUAGCGCAGAUCAGAUCUUUUUUUCAACUAAUCCUAUAAACUGCCACGUUAGUCUCGUGAAAGAAACUCUUGGCCCACACGAAGGACGGCGAAACUCGGUUGAAUUGUUGCCGGAUCUCUCAUAAUGGAGUUAUAU